AUGGCGGCGAUAAAGCAGCCGGAGAGGGAACUAACCAGAAUUUAUGUUUUUGUACGAAAUAUUCACAAAGAAUUCAUGUGUGUUGCAGUCUCGGCAGCAGAUGGGACACAUGGGACAGCAACAGAUGGGACAGCCACAGAUGGGACUACCACAACAGAUGCCACUAAUGGGACCACCACAUCAGCAGGCUCACCAGCCACAGUCUCUGAUGGGACCACCACAGAUGCCAGCACCAAUGUUGUCAUGCUCACCGAUGGCCACCUCACCCAUGGGCAAGUCACCCAGUUCCACAGGACAGCAGCAGCCCUACUCACAGCCACAGUACUCACAGAAACAGCACAGAAACAGCAGUGGCAGCCCAAAUCAACACCAUCACAGCAGGUAGCCACUACUUCAACAUACACUGCCUUGCAGCCUGCAAAAUCGAGUAGCUACUCUGCACUCUCAGCUGCAUUCACAGACUACCCCAGCCUUGACACACCACGACCUGCACCAGUAACACCAGGGGGUACCCACAGAACAGAGACCCAGGACACAAGUGGGGACUUGAGUUUGAGUUUUACAGGAUUAAUGGACACAGAUCAUCCAUCAGUGUAAUGUGUCCAUAAAUUAUGUUAAGUCUUGUAUGUUUUUGUACUUGUAUUAUGUUAGAAGUUUAAAGUUUGAAGUUUAUUGAAACUCAACGAGCAACCUUCCUUGGGUUGAUGAUUCUUUAUAGAUUUAUUGUAGAUAAUUUCAAAUUUUAUGUGAUUAUAAUAAUUUUGUAUGCACUGUUGUAUGUUCUCAUCAACCUUUUUUUGUUGUUAAAACUUUUGUUUGUUUCAAUAUCAAUAAAGUAAAUGUUUGACAUUUUAAUGUCAAAUUGAUGUACGGAGAUAUUAUAAUUCAGAGUAAUCUCAUGGCAUCACUUUCAAAUAUU